ACUUUUACCUUGUUUCCCAUAUUUUCACUUCUACCUGCUAACGCAGGCCAUAGCUUUGAUAUCGGAGGUGUCUAAACCUUGACUUUCAUUCAUAUUAUUUUUGUCCUUCUACUUUCCUUCACUCUUUCAUUUUUUCAUUUUUUCAUUUCAAAAAAGCUCCUUUUUCUGUCAUUUCUACUAGACGCGAUAGUUUUAGCUAUGGCGCGCCGAAAAAACUCCCCAAAGGACGCGAAAGAUCCAAUUGUGGCCAUCGCGGAAUCUGUCGCCCAUAAAGCUGAGGACUCCAAGGAUCAUGGAAGUUCUAUUUUCCAACUAAUUAUCUGCGUUGGCGGCAUUUACGCUUCAUUGUGCGAACCCCCUCCCCCACCUUGAACUCAGGCUCACCGCAUACUCUUACAGCUUAACAUGGGCCCUACUUCAGGAACGCAUAACUACAACCCCCUACGGCGCCGACAAGAAGAUCUUCCGUUCCCCGCUUGUCUUGAACACUGUGCAAUCCCUCUUCGCAUCUCUGACUGGCUACGCCUACUUCUCCUACUCCUCCUCCCCCGGCCAGCCCUCCCGCAUCUUCCCCAACGUUUCAAUCUCCCUCCGUCUCUUGUUCGUGGCGCUCACCCAGUCCCUUGCUUCCCCGUUUGGAUACGCCUCUCUUCAACACAUCGAUUAUAUAACCUACAUCUUAGCAAAGUCAUGCAAACUCCUCCCGGUAAUGUUCCUGCACAUAACCGUCUUCAGGCGCCGAUACCCACUGUAUAAAUAUGCCGUGGUCUUCCUUGUCACGGCGGGCGUUGCGAUUUUCACAUUGUACCCGGCGCACCCGAAGAAGAUUAAGAAGGGCGCUUCUCCGAGCGGGGAGAAGAACGUGAUUUAUGGGAUGUUGUUGCUGGGUGUGAAUCUUUUGUUCGACGGCUUGACGAACACCAUCCAGGAUGACAUCUUUUCCAGGACGCCAAGGGGGAUUGUCUCGGGGCCGCAGAUGAUGACGGCUUUGAAUACGAUUUCGUCGGUGUUGACGAUUGGUUACUUGUUGCUUAAUCCUUGGAGUACCGAGUUGAAUGAUGCGCUGGCGUUCGUGAAGGAGCAUCCAAAGGUUGGAAUGGAUAUCGUGGGUUUUGCGGUCUGUGGUGGGCUGGGGCAGGUUUUUAUCUGUAAAUUUCCCAAACUAUCCACACUGCUCAGUCGGUCAGUACGCUAAUUGUGAAACAGUCCACACUCUCUCCAAGUUCGGCUCACUGGUCCUUGUCACUGUGACCGUGACUAGAAAGAUGCUUUCCAUGAUUUUUUCGGUUGUUGCUUUCGGUCAUAGUCUCUCUAGCAUGCAAUGGUUGGGAGUUGGGCUCGUGUUUGGUGGAAUUGGUGCGGAGGCGGAGAUGAAGAGGCAGGGUGAGGCAGCUAAGAAACUGACUAAGUUGAACGGUCAAACCAAAAAGGAAUGAAAGGGAUCUCACGUACCGGUACCCAUGGCAACCAGUCCAUCACAAUGUUAAGAUCAACCCCUCUACGAGUACCCCCCCCCCCCCCCAGUGAACUCCGGCUCAAUAUUGUUGCGAAAACAUCAAUUUCAGUUACGGUUGUAUUUAGAUAUUGUGUUUUUCUGUAUUUUCUAGAUGAAUGUGGAUAGAGGCUUUUUCACGGGC